AUGACGGCCAUUGAUCUAGCCAACUGGAUGAAUCACGAUGCGUCUGCCUAUAAAUACGAUGGAGGCGACAAUGGAAUGCAUGAGUUUGUUGGCAGUAUCUGCCAGAUUGCGGAUUACCGCGGCCAGCUCCUUGCAGGUUCCCGGUGGUUUGAUAUGCGCGUCACCCGCGAGGGGAAUACUUUGGUGAUGAAGCACGGUAUCAUCACGUUCCAACCUUUUGAGACUGUCCUUUAUCAAAUCAAAAGUUUUGCCGACUCUCAUAAAUCCGAAUUUCUUUUCCUCGAUCUCGAUCUCACGCAUGGAGGUGGUCUCGCAGGCGACGUUUUGGCCAUGUUGAUCAAAGUCCUAGGAGACGGCAAAGAAGAUGCAUUUGCAACCGCUCACGUCGGCCCUGAUGGCAAAAUGUACAACACUGACCUUACCUGGGCUAAGCUGCGGCAGGACGGGAAACAAUACAUCAUCAUCUGGGGUGAAGACGAGAAGUGGCAAACCCUGGGCUCCGCAAGCGUCAAUAUCCGUGAUAAUUGGGCGGAUGACUACGAGAACAAAUCACCCAAGGAGAUUGUGAAUUGGUUAGACGAAGCUCUAGGCCUGUGGAAGAAGGAGAGACUUUGGAUAACCCAACUCAUCGACACACCAAAGCAGUCCUACAUGCCUGGUCAUCACCCUAGUGACUGCGAUAGCAGAGCAGCGCCGGUCUUCAAUGAAUGGCUCACCAAGUUCAAACCUGGUGAUAAGUUAGGUAUCGUCAAGCGCGACUUUGUCAAUGAAGGCUGGAAUGAACCUGGUAUCUCCCACGUCAUUCGCUUGAAUAAAUUUGCUCAGAGCCCUGAGCUCCCUCUUGGUCAGACAAUCAACUAUUUAAGCACUAUUCGACUCAGGACACUGGACGGGCGUUACGUCGCCGUGGACACCAAUCCCCCCGGUAACACAAAUCUCAGCCUACUGACCCUGGUGAACGCGCCAGCGGAUAAUACUCGUUUUCUGAUCCGGCACUAUCAUAAGGACUCAUCUUGGGAAUGGGCGUUCAGUGGCAAUCUAGACGCCGACUCCUGUGGCGCCAAUGGAAAUGUCCGGCUUGUUCAUGUCGACAGCAGGAUUGGUGACGAUACUGUGGUGUCCUGCGCGAAGAACUCCGGAGGCUUUAUGUACUGGGGUGUGGGCUGGGGCCCGGCAGACGACUGGGAGACGUUCCUUCCAUACGAUCCUGCCAACCCCCGAAGCAGCUCUAGGAUUCGUGACGGUAGUAUUAUUGUCCUUCGCACACUCUGGCAUAUGUACUGGAAGGCAGGCGAAGAUGAGAAUCUCCAUACUAGGCUUUAUGCGAGCACCGAAGCGAUCGAAGAUGCCACACGGUUUGUCGUAGAGAAGGCAUGA